CUGCAUGACAGAUCUUCUCGACGACACCACCACUCCUCGUCCUCACAUUCACCUCUACCACUGUUCCCUCCCCCGACAUGGCUGCUUCCCACGUCGAUCUCGCUCCUCUGCUCCUCGAGCUCGAAGCGGAACGCGCCCUUUCUGAGACCAUCCGUGCCCGUGCAAAGGAAGUCGAUGCAGUGCAGCGCCAGAUCACCGCCUCGCUCAACCGCGUACACUCCACUCCAGCCGCCCAAGUCACACCUCUGGUCCUCUCCCUCGCGCCCCUCUUUGAUCAACUCCGUCAACGUAUCCGAGAUGUAGUCGAAGUCGUACCAGACAAUCAGUUCUGGAAGUGGAACGACUGCUGGAGCUUCACCCUACAGAGGGCCAACUACUGUGGCGCCCUUGCCUGCUUCCUCACCACGGGAACCCUCGUCACAAAGGACCAAUCACUGCACUUUCUCGGUCUAUCGAGUGAUGCGGCUUCCACCUCUCGCCUGACACUCACGACUGAAGAGUAUCUUCAUUCGAUCAUCUCCCUCAUCAAUGACUUCUCACGAUUGGCAGUCAAUGCCGUGACAAUGAACGAUUACGCUACACCGCUGCGUCUGAGCGACUUUGUAAAGGACCUCAGUGCUGGCUUUGCUAUGCUGAAUCUCAAGAACGACUCUCUCAGAAAGAGGUUCGAUGGAAUCAAGUACGACGUCAAGAAGAUCGAAGAGGUAGUCUACGACAUCUCCCUCCGCGGACUACUCAAGGACCGCUCUCCCGAGUGGGACCAUAUGGGACUGGGCGUAGAGGUGGAUGAGCAGACCAGGAGCCAGAUCUGGGGCGUGAUCACAGGCGAAGCUGGAGCAGGAGCAGGAGCAGCUACAGCUAUGGGUGCAACUCAAAAGCGGGCCGUUGGGAGUGGAGCAGAAGAACAGGCUAUGACGAUGUGAGCAGCUAUAAGACAGAGAGGGCAGAAGACGCAAGAAGGCGCAGCAAGCAAGAAGCCUCGGACGUAGGAGGGCGGUUGAAACGUCUGAGCUUCUGUCAUACACCCAUACGCAAUGUACAAUACCAUCACACUGAGUCCUUCAGCGACCAUUUUCA